UAUUAUCUGCCCACCACGUCUUCUGCUCUCUCAACUUCUCUCACUUUCACAGAAACAAUGUCCAACCCCGGCGUCGGCUUCCAGUACCCUGCGGUCCCCGUGACCUGGCUUAAGCGCGAUGUUCUGCUCUUCGCCAACUCGAUCGGCGCGACCGCUGACGAGCUGCACUUCCUCUACGAGCUCCACCCCAAGUUCCAGGUCUUCCCCACCUACCCCAUCAUCCUCCCCUUCAAGAAGGACACCGCUGAGGUGACCGACUUCUACGCUGGCCAGCGUGCCGUCCCCAUCCCCGAUGUGCCGAAGUUCGACGCUCGCCGCGUCGUCGAUGGCCAGCGCCACAUCAAGGUCUUCAAGCAGCUCCCCACCUCGUCCGAGGGGCGCAAGUUCGAGAUCCGCCAGACCGUUACCGGCGUGUGGGACAAGGGCAAGCCCGGAUCGGUCGUCGACACCCGCAGCGACAUCGUUGACGCUACCAACGGCGAGAUCUACGCUUCCAUCGACAGCUCGUCCUUCUUCGUCGGCCAGGGUGGCUGGGGCGGCCCCAAGGGCCCCUCGAACCCCGCCUUCCCUCCCCCCAAGGGCAAGGCGCCGGAUGCCACCUUCUCUGACCAGACCGACGCCAACACCGCUCUCCUCUACCGCCUGAACGGCGACUACAACCCCCUUCACGCCGACCCCGAGCCCGGAAAGAAGAUGGGCUUCGGCGACAAGACCAUCAUCCACGGUCUUUACUCAUGGAACACCACCGCCCACGGCCUCCUCAAGGCUUUCGGCGGAAGCGACGCGGCCAACUUCAAGGAGUACCAGUGCCGCUUUGCCUCCCCCGUUAUCCCCGGCGCCAAGGUCGUCACUAACGCCUGGAAGACCGGCAAGGUCGACAAGGACGGCCUCGAGGAGAUCAUCUUUGAGUCGAAGAUUGAGGGCGGCAAGGUCUGCCUGUCCAACGGCCGCGCGCUCAUCCGCCCCGCGUCCAAGGCCAAGCUUUAAGCUGCAGUGUUGUCGUAGGGAUUCAGCGAUUUAGGGAUGUAAGCAUUGAAGGUUCUUGUGGCUC